CGCUGUUUGAGGCGGAUGUCGGCACAGUCCGUGGCGUCGCAUUGUUGCCAUUCCAGUGAUUCGUGAAGUGUAGAUCGCUGAAAUAGGUCUCUGGUUCGAUAUCAAUCAAAGGAUAUUGCAUUCACGCACACCUUCUUUUAUUAAGACAUACAACUGAGACGACCUUCAAGAUGUUCUACACCUGUGGUCCAAAUGAAGCCAUGGUGGUCUCCGGCUUUGGUCGUUCUCCACCUUUAAUGAUUGCCGGAGGCCGAGUGUUUGUCCUCCCCUGCAUUCAGCAGAUCCAGAGGAUCACCCUGAACACCCUGACCCUGAAUGUGAAGAGUGACAAGGUCUACACUCGCCAUGGUGUCCCCAUCUCUGUCACCGGCAUCGCUCAGGUGAAGAUCCAAGGUCAGAACAAGGAGAUGCUGGCCACGGCCUGCCAGAUGUUCAUGGGCAAGUCUGAGGGUGAGAUCGCCAACAUCGCCCUGGAGACGCUGGAGGGGCACCAGAGAGCCAUCAUCGCCCACCUGACGGUUGAGGAGAUCUACCAGGACCGGAAGAAGUUCUCAGAGCAGGUGUUCAAGGUGGCCUCCUCCGACCUGGUCAACAUGGGCAUCGGGGUGGUCAGCUACACGCUCAAAGACGUCCACGACGACCAGGACUACCUCCACUCCCUGGGUAAAGCCAGGACAGCGCAGGUGCAGAAGGAUGCCAGGAUUGGAGAGGCUCAGUACAAACGCGAUGCUGUCAUCAGGGAGGCCCACGCCAUGCAGGAGAAGGUGUCUGCCCAGUACAAGAACGAGAUCGAGAUGGCCAAGGCCCAGAGAGACUAUGAGCUGAAGAAGGCCGCUUAUGAUGUGGAGGUCAACACCAAGAAGGCUGAGUCAGAGAUGGCUUAUCAGCUUCAGGUGGCCAAGACCAAGCAGCGCAUCGAGGAGGAGAAGAUGCAGGUGAAGGUGGUGGAGCGCUCGCAGCAGAUCCUGCUGCAGGAGCAGGAGAUCACCCGCCGCGAGAUGGAGCUAGAGGCCACCGUCAAGAAGCCCGCCGACGCCGAGAGAUACCGCCUGGAGAAGCUGGCCGAGGCCAACCGUCUGCAGCUGAUCAUGGAGGCCGAGGCUGAGGCUGAAUCCAUCAGGAUGAAGGGCGAGGCGGAGGCGUUUGCCCUGGAGGCGAAGGGUCGGGCGGAGGCUGAGCAGAUGACCAAGAAGGCGGAGGCCUUCACCCAGUACAAGGAGGGGGCCAUGGUGGACAUGCUGCUGGAGAAGCUGCCCCUGAUGGCAGAGGAGAUCGCCAGGCCGCUGGCCGCCGCCCAUAAGAUCACCAUGAUCUCCAGCGGCAACGGAGAGGUGGGCGCGGCCAAGCUAACGGGAGAGGUGCUUGACAUCAUGACCCGCCUGCCCGCCACCGUUGAGAAGCUCACUGGCGUCAACAUUUCACAGGUCACUGGAGGGCCCAUCCGUAAGCGCUAGGAGCCAGGAGCAAUGGGAGUCCCUCAGUGCCUUCCAACGCUGUUACGCGGACGCGGCUGCGAGGUCACGGCCCUCUCUGUCUGCAUGCGUCCGUCUCUCUUCUCCGUGAGCACCCCCGCGGUGCCUCCGUAGUGUAUAACAAGCAUGUGAAUUAGUUUUUAUUGUAUGAUUGUUUUGAUUUUUUCCCAUCAUGAAAUAUAUUCUGUUCAAGUUCAGCUGCAUUCAUACCCUGCACUGGUUCGUUGUUGCUAUGGUAACGUCCUCUGCUGCGAACGGACUCGGAUCAGAUGGAGUACACUCUGCUGUGGGAAACAUUCGUAUUUAAAUGACAUUUUUACUCUUCCACUCUAUUUUUCUACUUUGUUAUGACACUUUGUUUCACAGAAAUCAGGGUUGCGUACAGAAGAUGGGGCCAUUUUAAUUUUGUUUAGUGUUAGUGCACGUUUUAUCAGUUGUAUAUUAUUACUCAAACUUAAACUGACUGGAUUUGCCUUAAUUUAGGCAUAGCUGGUCACGCAUCAGACAUCUAUAUAUAUAUACAUAUAUUUAACACGUUUUUCUUUCUCUACUGUUACAUUUUUUUAAACCAUUAAUCUAUAUUACCCACUAGGUUUGGGACGUGCUAUGUCUCAAUUUAUUACACGUCGGAGUGUGUAGUGCCUUGCUUAUUAACUACAGAUCCAAAACUCAUACAAGCCAUAAUUGAAACUGAGGGUUUAUUUACGUUCAAGUUUGAAGGGAAAGAAUGUGUUUGUGGUGAAAACCAGCGUAGGUUUAUUUGCUUUUAGCGAUAACAUCGCUUGUGAUAGGUAAUGGAAAUGGGUGGUGAACGCAUGUUAAGGAACUAUUUGAUCUAACCCGCUAUAGAUUUGACGCCUGUAAAACAAUGCAAUCUAUCCCUUUAUUGCUAAGUUUAAACUGUUAAAUCUAUCACUAUACUUAGGCAGGAAAUAUCAGUAGUAUGUGGAUAAUGGAUCAAGGAUAUAUCUAGAGUAGGUCAUUGUGUUUACUGACAGUUUGAUAUCAUAGAUUGUUAUAUUCUUUUCAUUUUUGUACACCAAUUCCAAAGUUUCCAAGCCUAUGCAUUUCUCCAAGUGCCUGAACAGGUUGAAUUAAAACCACUCCACCCAACCUCCAUCCACAUGAUCUUAUAUUCACCCUUUGAAUCAACGUUUGUCUGGGAAUCAAACAAACAGCAUGACCGUGGCUGUAGAUCAAAGCCAAAUCUAUUCUGAAACCUCAACCUUUUCAAGACUUAACACCCUUUACAGUAAAUGACCUGUAUGGAUGUCUGUGUUGAUGUUAAGUUGCCAAUGUUGUGAUUUAGCAAAAGUUGUGUUUACGUCUUGUAUGCUAGAUUUUAUAACUACUCAAAUGUUAUGAGUAUGAAAAAUAAAUGGUUAAUAGACAAUAAAGUAUGAUUUAUUGCCUGGGA